AUGCAACACAUUAAAACGAAUACAGCAUUAGUUGCUAUAGCCAGACAAAAUGCUCGCAGUUUACUUGGGGCAAAAAGUAAUUCCGUUUUAGCACACCACGCUGCUCCUGGUGGGUUUUCCAACAGAGGAAGUAAGGGCGCAAAUAGCGGAGCCAAAAUUCAUGGAACAAGGCUUGGAUCACCUUUCAGUAGUGCUUCUGGAGUUACAUUAAUCGAUAAGAAUCAUAGGAAGGCAGAAUUCAACACAAUAAAUUCCUUUAGAUCCUGCGGGGAAUCAUCUAAUUCAAAAUUUGUAAAAAACAGUGAGGUCAACAAUAACAAAUCAACUAGGCGUUAUAGCACUUCAGCAGCCACGACUCCGACGUCGUUUCAACAAAAUCCACCUGAAAUAUUUAACUCGCCAACCGUGACUGGAAACAGUGAAAGCUCAUUUCGGGAGCGUGGUCCCCGGAAUGAAGCAUUAAUCAUCAGGGAGUAUAAUGAUCAGCUAAUUCGCCUGAAGAGAAAAGGACUGCCAAGGGAGGUGGAAAAAUUUUUUGAAGAGAUGAAAAACGAUGGGGUACGACCAAAUACCUUUACCUACAACUUGAUUCUCGAUACCCUUGCGACAUUUCGAAAUGAGACCAACAAAUUGGAUAGGAUGAUGCAAUACUUUGACGAGAUGAUUAAGAAUGACGUGCAACCAAAUCUAUCAACGUACAACAUAGUUAUCAGAGCCUUAUGCAGGAGGGAAUACGAGACACAGAUAAAGAUGUACCAGUUGAAGAAAAGGUUGAACAUGGGAAAUGAGCAACGAGAUUCCCACACACAAAAAUCCAUCGAUAACCUCAAGGAAGAGAAAUGCAUAGAAACAGCAUACAGACUUUUCGUGCAAACAAAAGACAGGGAAGGAUACUUCUAUGAAAGUGAUUUGUGUGACAACAUGUUACGGUCACUUAGCCCGCACGGACGAAUAGAAGAAGGUUUAACCAUUUUUGAAUACAUGGAAAGUCGUAAGAUAGUGACCGGCUAUACAUUUGGAUAUCUGAUAGCAUUAUACAGUUAUGCAGGGGAUAUGAAUAGUGCGCUUGAAUGCUUUGAAGAGUACAAGAGAGUUGAAUCUGACUUGCCUCCGAAAUACGAACCGAUGGCCAUUUAUAAUCAACUAAUUUCAGCAUACCUACGGUGCGGUCAAGUGCCAGAGGCAGUCGAUGUGCUAGAAAAUCUUGUUCCAAUGUCAGGACUUAAGGCAGAUGAAUGGACUUAUUUCUAUCUCAUUAGAGAUUUAUGUGAUCAUGGGAACAUAGUGGAGGCACAACGUUGGUUUGACAAGAUGAAAACUUCGGAAGAUCUGCCAAAACCAUUCCUCUUGAUAUACGACACGUUACUAUUACAUUAUUCUGCGAUCGGGGAUUAUCCCAAUGCCACCAAAAUUUAUCAGGAAAUGCAAGAUUCAGACAUUACUCCAAAAUACACGGAGAUGGCUUGUUAUUUAUCCUUGACCCUUAAACAUGAUCCCGAUAGGUCAUUAGACCUCUUGGAUGACAUGUUCAAGUCUAGUCAAGUAACGGAUAAUGGACUGACAAAGGAAAUCAUCAAUCACUUUCUUGGCACAAAGAAACCAGCACAGGCUCUUACGGCCAUCAUCAAGAUUAUGGCACUUACAGAACGUCACAUUAGCGGACCUUCAAACCGAUCAAAUACUCAACCUCCAAAUCAUGAGGACACCAUGAUUUCCCUGUUCAACAAUCCGGAGGUUACUUUAAAGGAGGCGAUCGAUGCCAAGUUUGUGUUGUUCGAUAAUGGAUAUCGGCCAAUGGGCGCCAUAAGUAAUUUGCUGUUUGAAAGAUAUGAAAGGCUCAAGCAAGAAGGUCUUCUUGCAUCGCAAUUGAAGGAACUUGAGAAUCAUCAUAUUUAUUCGCUCUUUGACAAUGUUGUUUCAAUAUGGUACGGUGAUGAUCCAAAGAACAAGGCCGCCUUCAAGGAUCAUACCUUCGGUAUAUUACAGGAUUUACAGGACAAUGGAGUCACAUUACCCUAUAAAGCCUUUAUGAAAAUCUAUCAUCAUUUAUUGGAAAUUUCGGAUAAAGAAGGGGCCGAAAAGUGGAAACAGAUGUCUUCUAAAUCUUUAUCCAACACCAAAGAGCACGAAGAGCCAGCAUCGGAGAUCAAUCGAUCGUCGCAAAUUGCUCAGAUGUGUAAAACGCAUACUAUCGAUUCGAUCGCUUUGAUGAAAGAGAUUCGUCAAAUGCUCGACGAAGGGUUGCUUCCUACACCCGAAGUUGUGAGCCAGGCAAUUCGAAACCUGGGAAAGGGUAAAAUGCUCAGCGAAGCAGAGGAAUUAUACAAUCUCGCGCUUGAUUUCUUCCAAAAAUUAGAUCAAUCAGUUGGAUUCCAUGCUUUACAAUGGGCACGUAAUAGCAUGUUAAUCGCUUAUGCCUGCAAUUCCCGACUGGACGAUGCGUAUAGGCUAUACGACGAACUAUUUGAAAGUGGAUCCAAACCGGAUGCCAAUGCUUACGCAGAUCUAUUGGUUGCCGAAGGGGAUAGGGAUCCAGACGAGGCAGCCACGGCUUUAAAGUUGUAUGCCGAAAUAAAACAGUAUAACAUAAAACCGACCUUAUAUUUCUACAAUGUUUUAAUAAGCAAACUUGGGAAAGCACGCAAGUAUGACAUGGUGUGGGAAGCUUUCAAUGAGAUGAAGGCACGCAAGAUUCAACCAAACUCUAUAACCUAUGGAGCGUUGAUCACCGCCUGCACUCGAGUGAAAUCCGAAGAAAGAGCGCUUUUGGUGCUACAAGAGAUGGAGAAUUCAAAAUUCUUUCAACCGCGCAUUGGACCUUACAACACGAUGAUGCAAUUUUACACGUGGGAUUUACAAGAGAGGGAUAAGGCUCUUAAAUACUUUGAUGAAAUUCGGCGACAUCAAUUACAACCAUCCGAUCAUACAUACAAGUUACUUAUUGACGCGUACGCUACUAUCGAACCUUACGAUAUGCCAUCAGCGCUUAAUGUACUAGAACAGAUUAAACAAGAAGGCAAAACACCGCAGCCAACGCAUUAUGCAUCUAUAAUAUAUGCAUACGGACAUUGUCAGAAUGAUGUCGAGAGUGCCCUUCGAACGUUUAAUGAUAUGCAAACAGUUCAUGGCAUUCAUCCGGAUCAAAAUGCCUAUCAAGCAUUGUUUGAUGCUUUAAUUGCCAAUGAUCGUAUCGCGGAAGCCGAAGAAUACUACGAUGUUAUGAUAACAGAGGAUGUUGUAAAAUCCACGGCGUACAUUGAGAAUCUAUUCAUUAGGGGUUAUGGUCAAUUGGGUCAAUGGGAAAGAGCAGAAACUGUGUUUACCAAUAUGAAAGAUCUCGAUGACGACGGAAGCUAUCGCGGAGUACCUAGAGAGCCUAGCACUUACGAAGAGAUGGUUAAAGCAUAUGUAAUUAACGGACAGAUUGAAAAAGCCAAAGAAGUCGCGAGUAUAUUGGAAAAGAAGGAUUUCCCGGAAAUUGUUAAAAACAAUAUCGCGGACCUGCUACAUUAA